AUGUCGCAGUUACAGGAACUAUUUAACAAGGCUGUGAAACCUCUUCCGGAGAUUAAUAGUCCAUCAUUUGCCUCGCAUUUCGAUGGCUUUGCAGACAGGCAGAUGAUGCUCAUAGGAGAUGGCAGUCAUGGCACAUCCGAGUUCUAUCAUGCCCGUGCCGAGAUCACAAAGCGGAUGAUCACCGAGCAUGGCUUUACGAUCGUCGCCGUAGAAGCGGACUGGCCUGAUGCCGAAGCGAUCGACAGAUAUGUGCGUUUGAGACCCGGACCCAAAGCACAGAUCGGCGGCAAAGCCAAUGGAUUCGAACCUUUCAAGAGAUUCCCGACCUGGAUGUGGCGUAAUCGCGAAAUGCAAGAGUUCAUCGAAUGGAUGCGCGACUGGAAUAGCACCCAGCCCCCGGAGAAGCGAGCCGGCUUUUACGGCCUAGAUUUGUACAGCAUGGGCUCUUCGAUCCGUGCUGUGAUCGAGUAUCUUGACCGUGUCGAUCCUGAAGCGGGCAAGGCCGCGAGAAAGCGCUACGGCUGUCUGGAUCGUUGGGUAGAGGACCCCUCGGCAUACGGACUCGCUGCCAUCCGUGGAAUGGAGGACUGUGAACCCCAAGUGAUGAGAAUCUUGCAGGACCUUCUCGCCAAAAGACUGACAUACCUUGAGACCGACCCUCGCAAUGGCGAGGAAUUCCACAGCUCUUCGCAAAAUGCAUUCGUUGUUCGGGACGCUGAGCAGUACUACAAGGCCAUGUACUGGAGCUCCGCGACAUCGUGGACUCUUCGGGAUACCCAUAUGGUCGAUACCCUUCAACGUAUUCUGCAGCAUCGUCCACCACCCGAGCACAAAGCGAUUGUGUGGGCGCACAACUCUCACGUCGGAGAUGCACGCUUCACCAGUAUGGGAAGCCGUCGAAAUGAAGUGAAUAUCGGGCAACUGUGUCGAGAGCGCUUCGGCCGCGAGAACGUUGCAAUUCUCGGAUGUGGCACUCACACCGGUACUGUUGCGGCGGCGCAUGAGUGGGACGAAGAUAUGCAAGCGAUGACCGUCAACCCUUCGAGAAAGGAUAGCUGGGAGAUCAUCGCCCAUAACACGGGUAUACCACGGUUUGUUUUGGAUCUUCGCCGUGAGCACAUAGAUCCCAACCUCAGAGCUGCACUAGCGCGGGAGCAUCGUCUGGAGAGAUUUAUUGGCGUCAUCUACCGGCCUGAUACGGAGAAAAUGUCGCAUUAUUCUCAAGCCCAGAUUCACAAGCAGUUUGAUGGGUAUAUUUGGUUUGACCGGACUAAAGAAGUUCAAGCCCUCGAGAUCACUCAGCCAAUUACGCCACUGGGAAAGGAGGAGACUUAUCCGUUUGGUCUCUAA